AUGUCAUCUCCCCUGCAGGGCACUCACCCACCUCUGUGCUUGACGGUUGGCACUAUGCAGUCCAGCCCAGGCCAGGUCCCUGCCAAACAUUACGGACCCCAUUGGAAUAUUCCUGUACCGGUGUGGCUCUUCUUCCGCUUUGCCAUGUGGAUCUACACUUUCUCCUGGUGCAUCUAUGGUGGAAUCAAAGGGGGCUCCCCCAAAUGGCUUGUUUACUUCACUAACCUGACGUACACACUGAUGAGUGCCUACUACAUGGUGGCAGCUGUCAACCUAAUGGCAGCGGUUCUAUACAAGUACAUAAGCACGUGCUGCACUGUCAACCGCCUGGGUCCUGAUGUACCAGAGGUUGCCUGGUCUUCUCCACCAGCUCCUGCUCUGCCCAACUGCAUACUCAUUAGCCUCCGCUUUCAAUGGCUACUGCACAGCGUGACCAGCACCUCAGCGGUUAUCGUCUCUCUAAUUUACUGGACUGUCAUCUAUUCCACGGAAAAGUGGGAGGUCGUCGACACCAGCAUCAACAUGCACUUAACCAACAUCUUGCAAGUGCUCCUCGAGCUCAUGCUGAGCUCCAUCCCCAUUCAUCUGCUUCAUGUUCUUUACCCGUUCAUCUACGGGGUCCUCUACAUAAGCUUUACCGUCAUCUACUGGGCAGUGGGCACCGCGAAUGGCCAGGAAGGUCCUGCCGUCUAUCUGGUCCUAAACUAUGGGGAGCGCCCUCUGCUGGCCUCUGGCUCCGCUGUUGGUUUCCUGGUUGUCCUCAUACCCCUCAGUCAUCUUUUCAUUUGGAGUGUGUCGCUGCUCAGAGAGUACCUCAUACUCAAGCUCAGCAACUGGUGUAAGUGCAGAGUUAUGCCAACCCCGUGAGACUGGCAAGCGAAUUAAUACGGGGGCAACCAAAGAGUAAAACUGGGAGAAAGUGAAGUACAGCUAGCCCUGCAUUAGCUUUAGAAAACAAUCAGCCUUCAGUUUUAACAUCGUCUGGUUUCCAUUCUUUUGAAAGAUAAAGUAAGC